GCAUUGGUGGAACUCUAUAACCUUAACACAGUUUUGGCAGUGAAAACACGGGCUGGGUGUGUGUUUAUAGCGUGACAGCAGACUUGUGUUCAUCAGUCAGUUGUGCAGAGCUGAGGGAGUUAGCAGUGCGAGAGGUGUGCUUUAGGGUCAGGAGGCAGGCAUACGCGAUCUACCAGGAGAGUAUACUCAAUGUGGAUGUUUUUGUUUUUUGGGAUUAAAAAAGCAAUAGUUUUACAAUGAGCAGGAGGGCACAGUCAACGGGGAGCAUUGAGAGUAAACGUCGGCUUCACAGGCAGCAUUCUGUGCUUGAUCCAGAUGACAUGAUGGUGAAUGUUAAUGCAAACGUCGCCCGUUUUCGUCCCCGGAGAACGGUGUCACUGUGUGAGGCAGCAGAUGCAGGUGACUGCGAACGAGUAAUGCAGUUGCUGGAAGAUGGCAUGGCCAAUGUCAAUGAAUGUUUGGAAUGGAGCGAGGAAGUGUGGUAUCCAGAGUCAGCGCUGCAUGCUGUUGCUAGAAAAGGCCAUUUAACUGUAGCAGAAUGUUUAAUUGGGCAAGGAGGUGACGUCAAUAUACAGAAUAAGGCUGGAUUCACACCUCUUCAUUUCGCAGCAGCAGGAGGCGACGUGGCUAUGGUGGAACUCCUUGUUAAUGCAGGUGCAGAUUUAGGUGUAGAAAAUAAGGCAGGACAGACUCCAUUAAGGCUAGCAGUCAAGGAUGGCUGUGUGGAAGUUGUAGAAAUUCUAGUCAGAGCAGGAGCUCAAGUUAAUCACGAAGACAAUGAUGGCGUGACUCCCCUUCAUCUCGCUGCCAGAAUGGGUUUGACCCUUAUUGCGCAGCUUCUCAUUAACGCACACGCGGAGGUCAACAAGCAAGAUGCUGAUGGGAUGACCCCACUUCAUGUGGCUGUCUCCAGGGACCACACCAAAAUGACAGAAACGCUCAUUAAAGCUGGUGCACAAGUCAACAUUAAGGAUGAGACAGGAGGAACCGCACUUGCUGAGGCUGUACUCAAGGAAAACACACAUAUUAUCAAGCUGCUGUUGGAUGCUGGUGCAGACAUAUCAGUGCUAGACAGGGAUACCCAGGCAGAUCUAAUAAACCGUGGUCUUGCAUCUCAGGAUGCCAUUAUAGAACUAAGUCAAGAUCUAAACAAUUUAACAACUGACAUGGAGAUGUGAAGACGUGAUAAGCAGACCUGAACAAAAACCAGAUUCCAAAUCAGAUCAGAAGAUAAUUCCCAGAAGACUGAAGAAACCUGUCAGAAAAUGCAGAAUGGAGUGCAAAAAGGAUCAUGGAUUUGUGUAUCUACAGAAGACAUAAAACAGGAUCUUCUUACUACAGAUUAUCGUCUACUGUAGCAAGCAAUAUUUACAUUGGGUUCUUGACCAGAAAUGUCAUGUAAUACAACCUGCCUUCAGCUAUUCAUCCUAUCUGCUGCUCAAGAGAAAUAAGUAAUACAUAAUUAUAAACUGCCUGCACAGAAUUUGCAGAAGCAGUGGGCAAUAUUGCUGUUAUCUGUGAAGUUUAUUUUUCCCUACUAAAGUUGAACAUAACGUAGAAAAAAAAUACAACUGUGGACAAUUUAUUUGAACAGCCUCCAUCAUUCUGCAUAAAACACCUUUGUUGUUUAUCAACCCUUGAUGAGAAAGAAAUUGAUGUGUCUUUAUAACCACUGCCUGAUAAACACUAUUACCUAAGGAAUUGGUGCCUUAAAACAUUGAUAUUUUAAAUCUGGCAUAAAAAUCCUUUGAAUUGCAUUUUUAAAGCUUCCAAAUUGGGUUGUUCUUCACUUGUAUGUGUCAAAACAAGUGGUGUGUAACUAUUUUUCAUAUAUGUUUGUGGACUUUGUCCACUUUGUAUUGUGGACUUUUAUCCACUUUGUAGCCUCCAUGGAGAAUUAUCUUACAGAUGUCAUGGUGUCUUCUGUCUACUUUUAAAAGUGGAAACCUGGGAGCAAGGAUGAAAAACUUGUGAAUUGCUCACUUCCAUCAACUUGGAAGGUGGAAAUUUGCUGAUGGGAAAAUUACAUUGUGUGUAUCACCCACAGGAGAUAUCUUGCAGCUAUUUGAAGUCACAGUUAUGCCACUAACAUGAACUUAGCACAAGCAGCCCCAUGUCAUAGCACAACUAUUGAAAUAUACCAACAAAACCUCAAAGGUACUUUGUUACAACUGACACUAUCUCAGUAUACAACCAUCUUGAAUUAUUCAAAAUGAGUGCUUAUUUUGAAACAGGAUGAUUUACUUCACCUUAUCGUUAUUAGGAAAUAACUUGAUAUUAAUUGCUAUAUAACUUGAAGCUUAUAGGGAAAUUAGUAAGGUGGUCUAUGCCAAUAAACUAGAUUUUUUCUUUAUAUGAUUGUCCACCGAGUGCCAAGAAUAUUGCACAUUAUAUGAAUACAUCUGCAUAUAGUUUUAACAAAAUUGAAAUGUUCUUAGCAUAAAGAUGCACAUUCUAUGUACUUCCUAUUGUUUCAGUUUGUACUGUGGAACUUCAUAAACAAGGGCAUUAACUUUUAGGAACCUUUCUAGCCAAAUUCAUGGCCAUUUUCAAUGUCUUAGUAAACUCCUCUACUUAUAGUUGCCUUUUUCCCAAGAUAAAUCAGAAAAAACCCAAUGAGAAUGUAUUUACUAGUAUAUGGCCCCUAUUAUCCGAGGGAAGUUUUAAAUUCAUCCUUCAGGUCAUCUUGCAGUAGAGGUGCUAUUUUGUGUGUGUGCAAGCAAUCUUUAGUUUUUGUUGAGAUUGUAUUACAUGGGCAUAUUAACCAUUAGUUAUACAGUAGAUAUUUUUUCUGUAAAAUAGCAAUAUGAUAGUAUUAUUUGCUUGUUGAUAAAGCCUUUUUGCAUUGAUUAAUUGAUUUUGUCUCACUACCGAAAAAAAUUUUGUUGGUUUUUGAAGUGACAAAACCAGUGACAGUUUUAGAGCAGUAUUUUACUAUGAAACAAUUUACCAUGUCAUGUUCUGGUCAGAAUUAUGGUAUUAGAUCUACAGAUUUAUAAAAACUUUUGAACAUACCAAACAUUUUACGUCUGCUUCCAUAUGUGACUGUUUUUACUUACUGGUACUUACCCAAAGUACUGAAGGAAAGAAAUCAGCAGUGAAAUUGCUGAUGCUUUCAUAUUGCCCAGUAUUAUGUCUUUUAAGUAUUACAUGACUAAAAGUGGCAGAUUUUUCAUACAAUUAAGUUUGUUUUAUUUCAUAAAUGCUAAAGCAGCCUUUCAGUGUUAUUGUAAAUAAUGUAGGAAUUUUUUUCUAAUCUGUCUCCUUGCUGUUAAAAAAACUGUGCAAUAACAACUAUGUAACAGUUAUGAAUAACCCAUAGUAUUUUAAGAUAGAACCCUGGUUGUUGGGGGUGAAAAAAGUUUGGUAUUUCUCCGACAAAUCAUAAUUUUACACACUUAAAUGGUGCAAGGAUGAAAAAAAAUGCCAAAAAUUAAUUAUUUAAUUGUUAUGAUCUUCACAUGUACACAGAUAUUGUAGGUUUUUAUAUUACCAGGCAGCACUGGGAGUUGAUACAGAGUAACAUUUUAGAAGUAUUUGUGUUACUAUGAUAACAAAUAGUGUAUUUUUAAUGAUCUAUGAAAUGUGCCACUUAACUUUGUAUUACUAGAUGUAUAACCUUAAUACGAAAUCGGGUUGUGAUUUCUUCCUCACCUGUAGAUUCUCUCACGUUCAGUGAAGUCUUCUUUUACAGUCUAGCCCCAACAAAACGCCAGUAAAAUUGAAGCUAGUGCUGAAAAACUUUUUAAAAAAUUCUUCCAUUUCUGGCCACUAUUUGGUCCAGUAGAUUCUUAAGACCAGCAUCUCAAAGGGGGCUACUGUUUUGGUACAGACUACUUCCAUGUAUGGUUUCUUAUUUGUCACAGAAUAGACAAAGAUUAAUCUUAUACUAGAUUUAAAUUUACUUUCUCAUUUUUUGUCGUGGUAGAUAAUACUUUGUAAAAAUUCUCUAAUGUUGAAGCAUUAGAGUGUUUUGUGUAGACUUAAUUGAGUAUGUUGAGAUUGAAAGAUCGUACUAAAUAACUUUCUUGGAGAUAUACACUACAAUGCCAUAAUGUAUAAAAUGCUGUUGUCAGAUCUAUAUAUAUAUAUAUAUAUAUACCCAUACACUGACAAAGGUAUAGUAUGAUAUUAGUUUGUACAGUUUUGAUGGAUUAUUCUAGUAAUGGCACAGGAAGCCUACCGCACUUGUAUCAUAGUCUAAGAGGGUCAUAACUCUAACGUGCUUAUAUACAGAAUGGCUUAUAGAAGUUAUCCAUAUAAUUUUUGAGAAAAUUUUCUCAUGGUUUGAAAUUUUGAAAGAAAAUUUAUGCCUGUAUAAUUUUUGCAUUUUCAUUGUUUGAUUCGCCUUCAAUGUAUAUGCUACGUGUACACUGCUAUAGUCCUAUACAUUAGCAGAGAAGGCCUGCUUGUGUGACAGAGAAAUGAUACUUUUUUCUUGUGGGUUGGGGUACUGCGCCUAUUUUAUUACUCAAAAAAGGUAACUGUGCUGUAAUAUAAUUUUAGAAUAAUUGUAGAUCACACUUAUGUAUGAGUAGACUUAAUUUUGCAUAAGUUUUUGUAUAGUGUCAGACGGAGCAAGUCUAAGGGCACUGCUAUACUCUGAGCAAGUUCAUGUGUAUUGCAUGUAUAUACAAUGUGUCACUGUGGACAAGGUUACGUCCACAAAAAAUGUUAACCUUUUUGCUUAGCUUAUUUGUGAUGAGCUAAUUUAAAAUCAAAACUUUGUAUUAUAUUCUUCUUCCAUUAACAACCAUAAUAUUGAAAUAAAUAAACAGUUUAAUGUAAA